UUUGUCGUUCCUAUCCUUGGCCUUUUUCCCGUCUUCUUUCUCCAACUUUCCAUCUCUCCCUUCCUCCCUUUGCCACUCAUUGAUCUCGCAGUCCCUUCCAACUUUGCUCUUCAAUCUAUACAAUCUCUGGCCCUGUUUACGGAACCGGACCUCGUUCUACUCUAUGUGCAACUUGACUUUGGUCUUUUCGAUUGCAUCCACAGCCUGCAUACGUCGCGUUGAAUAACACCAGCAUUCUUCACUGCUAUCGCCACCACUGUUCUAACGGCGGCUCCGUCUAUACGCUCUUCACCAGGAAUAACUGGAUCACUUCUUCUUGUCCAGCCCUCUGACCCAUAGCCUCCAUGUUUGCCAACGGAAACGGACGGGUCUUGCACCAGCCGAUCACCAUGGCUUCUCCGCCUCACAACCACUACGCCUCUCAUUCCGCGGGGUCUUCUGACAUAGGCCGCUCCAGGCAGAACUCAGAUGCCAUGGACAUCUAUGUCAUCACGGACCGGGAGCCCCCUGGAGAUGAUCCAGCCGGCAGUGAGCAAUGGGACCGCAAUGAGUCUCCCGGCUCAAGUAGUAGUCCGUCUAGCAAUAGGUCUCCUGACAGAUUGGCCUUCCAUGAAGAAAACGGACGAACAUACCAUGGAUUUCGCAGGGGAGUCUACAUGCUACCGUGCGACGAACAGGAGCAGGACCGGCUCGACAUAUUUCAUAAGCUGUUCACGGAAGCGAGGGUGUCUGGGAGUUUGAUCUACGCCCCGCACCCCACCAAUGCUCGAAUCCUUGACCUGGGGUGCGGCACUGGGAUUUGGGCCAUUGAAGUGGCUCAAAAGUACCCCGACGCCUUUGUUGCUGGGGUGGAUCUGGCACCUAUACAGCCUCCUAACCACCCCAGAAAUUGCGAAUUCUAUGCACCAUUUGAUUUUGAGAGCCCAUGGGCCUUGGGAGAGGAAUCUUGGGAUCUCAUCCAUUUGCAAAUGGGUGCCGGCAGCGUCGUUGGUUGGAUGAACCUUUACAAACGAGUUUUAACGCAUCUUCGACCCGGGGGCUGGUUUGAACAGGUGGAGAUUGAUUUCGAGCCGCGCUGCGAUGAUAACCGCUUGGAAGGGCUGGCUAUACGUUAUUGGUAUCAAUACUUGAAGCAGGCGACACAGGACUGCAUGCGGCCGAUAGCCCACAAUGCGCGGGACACUGUCAGAGACCUCCAUGAGGCAGGAUUUACCGAAAUCGACCAUCAGAUGGUAGGAUUACCGCUCAAUCCCUGGCAUAAGGAUGAGCAUGAGAGGAAGGUUGCCCGUUGGUAUAACCUAGCAAUCUCUGAAAGCAUUGAGUCGUUCAGCCUGGCCCCGUUCACACGGGUCUAUGACUGGCCUUUAGACAGAAUCAGACACCUCGCAGCACAGGUUAAAUCAGAAGCCUUCAACAAGGAAAUACACGCCUACAAUAUCCUACAUAUCUACCAAGCUCGAAGGCCGGUGGACCAAUGACGGUGCCAAGAGAACCAACGCAAGACCCGAUACAGUCCAUGUCUUAUUUCAUGUACUCGUGUGAUGCCUUUGGGACCUUGUGGCUCUCUCAGCAUUCCCAUUACGUCUCCAUUACGUCUCCUACCAGAGGCCCUAGGGCUCAAUUUUACCUUUUUU